GAAACUUGGAUGCGAUUGUGUUCCCUCAUCUCUAAAAGGAAGAAAGAAACAAAUCAGCCUCUUUUCAACUCUUUUUCCCUUUUUAUUUCUUUUUAGCUUAUCUUUUCUCAUUGCAAUCGAUUGGCUUUUUAAAUAAAACAUGACGGGCAUUAUUUCUUUUGACAUUUUGCCCGAUACUGACCACCUUGAUCUGUUUACGGGAGAUGAUAUUAUACCCAACGAGACUUACAUCCUUCGAGGUCACGUUCGUCUCACUCAUUCACGACCUAUUCUUGUACGUCGGAUCACAGUGCAACUUCAAGGAGUCGUUCGCAGCAUCCUUUCCAACGAUUUUAAAGAACCACCCCUCCAAGAUCCAUGGAAACCCGGUCAACCCUCUUCCGCUUGCUGUUUCCAACGCUUCAAGUACUGGCUUGACCACUCGACAUUACUUGGUUACGAAGAAUCCAUGCAUCCCUUAAUAAACUUGCAAACUUCCAUUGUCCUUCAACCUACUUCUUGCCAUGCUGGUGUCUCACUGUGGCCUUUUGAACUGCGUCUUCCCAAUGCCCACCAACUUCCUCCUUCCAUCACUCUACCUCGUCACUCCAUUUCAUAUUAUCUCACCGCUCACAUAAGUCUCAGCUCAUUAAAAGAUCGCAUGAUGUUGCACUGUCUCGAUUUAUCACAAGCACUCAUUUGUUCUUCCCAACGAAAAAAGCUUCGAUCCAUCCGUCGACCGAUUCGAAUAUAUCAACACGUUCAACCGAGCUUGGAAUCAUUGGGCUAUGCACCUCGAAUGCGUUAUCGAGGAUCGCGCGAAGGCCACGUGCGGUACGAAAUAAGCAUGCCAAAAUAUGCAUGUUUGCAAGACACUGCGUACGUUUUUGUGUGUGGAUUCUGGCCUUUGGUGGAAGAAGCCCGUAUUGCUGCCAUUGACAUAUAUCUCGAACAAAUCGCCAGUUACUAUGCUGGGUUCUAUACGGGAGAGGACGAUCCAUCACCCGACGAUAACGGCAAUAUUCAUCAGAACAAAUCUUUUAUCACUCAUGUCCGCAAAUAUUGUCAAUCUCAAUAUCAUGUGACUGAAUCUGACAAUCAAGAGAUGCUCAACCUUUCCUUAUCGUUGGAUCUGCCGCAACUAUGCCCGGACAUCAAUUGCAAGAAACUGCGCAUUAGCCAUAAACUUCGAUUACUGAUCCACUUUGCCAACAGCGAGAAGGAACGAAAAAUGUCGCUGAGUUUCCCACUGCACAUCGCCACCGUCCCAUCUUGUGCACCUUCAGCACCUGUGAUUGUACGAACGGACGAAUCAUAUCGGCCGAAUUUACUGGAGUAUGGAACGGAUGACAGCGAUAUGGAAGAAAUUCAUAAAUUACCCAGUUAUCAUGAUGUGCUGCAUGAGGGCGCUCCACCAUCACCGUUUCUGGAAGGUGAUACCCGUUUGAUAUACGAUGAAUGGCGGAGCUAGGACCUUCGCAUAUAGCUCUUUUUUGUGCUUCAAUCGAUCUUUUUUGUCUGUACCCGCCCAUCACCCAGUUUUGCACGCGCGCCAUCCAAAGCCAGCACAAAUUGGUUUUCCUUUCGUGUCACCAAUUCACCAUCACUGCAACCCCGCCCAUCACCGAAUAAAGCCUUUUUUUUUAUUUUUUAUGUUUUUUUUUUCAUGUUAUCUGCCAUCCCAACCCAAUAGCACGUUUUUUCUACUUUGCUAUCUCUGAUUUAUCGUUAUCGGUUAUUAUUUGCCUCUUUUUCUCCUUUUUACUUUUUUUCACUUUACUUUACUUGUUUCUUCGUUUUAUCUGAUCAUCGUCUUUAUUAUUAUUUUUUUCACACUUUUUUUAUUGAUAUGGGCAUUGUUCAAUCAAAGCGAAGAUACAAGGAGUCAAAGCAUGCUUCGUAUCAUCC